AGCGGCGGCGCGGCGCGGUUGGCAGGCGUGUCGGGCCUCGCGGAUUGUUUAUGUUGUCUCUGGCGGCGUCGCCCUCGGCCUCCCCGCGCGCCUCCGGUUUUCUCCUGCCACUCGCCCCCCGAGCCCGCCAUGACUCUGGCCUACCCCAACCAGCCUCCUCAGAGGGGAAGGCCGCCCCCGAACUCCGCGCAGAUCCAGAAGUUGCUGGAUGAAAAUUCUCAACUGAUCAAGACAAUCACGGAGUACCAGAGUCAAGGAAAAUCCCAUGAAAGCUUUCAGUACCAGCAGUCUCUCCAUCGCAACCUCAUGUAUUUGGCUUCAAUGGCUGAUAACUCGCAAAACAUGGCCCAGCUCCUCCCACCUCCACAGGUUCCAGGUCAGCAGGGUCAGGGGGGAGAUGGCCCUCAAGGUGGGCCCCCGCCUGGGCAGGGUCCACCAGGGCCACAUCCACCACCAGGGCCAUAUCCUGGACAACAGCCAGCACCUUACAGGCCUCCUGGUCCCCCUGGGAUGACCGCAGGACCACCAGGGCCUGGGGGGGCUGCGUUCAGGAUGCCAUAUGGCCAGCCGCCCCAUGCCCAGGGCCCCUACUCCCAGCCGUACCCUCCACAGGCUCAGCAGUAUGGUCAAGGAGGCUAUCCACCAGGGUCAUCUGGACCUCAGGGUUACCCUGGUAGUUCCUCAACACCACCAGCUCCCGGUGCAAAGGGCUAUGGGACGCCCCCACCUCCUUCGUCAACACCUGGGUAUCCUCAGUAUCCACAAGGACCACCUCCGCCAGGAUCACAAGCCCAAGGACCUCCAGUACCUAGCAGUCAGCCAGAAUUCAACCAAGGGUCACAGCCGUACUCGGGCACCACGCCAGCAUUCACUUCGACACCUUCCUCCACAACCCCCACUUCCACACCCACGAGUUACUCGGGGCCGCCAUCACAGUAUCCAGGUAGUGGUGGGCCCGGCUCUCAACCUUUCCAGAUGCCGCCCUCAUCUGUCCCUCAAACAUCAGCCACGCCCACCCCACCAGGACCCCCCGGACCUCCUGGACCUCCACAGUCUACUACUGCUCCUCCAGCUACUUCAGCACCAGGAGCCCCGCCACCUGUUGUAACGUCGACAGCACCAUCAGGCCCCAUAAUGUAUCCUGGUGGAGACGAGUUCUCCCAAUCCCCCCAUAUCAGUUGCACCCUCGUCUACCCCUACGCCACCUUCCUCUCAAAGCUACACUGGCACACCCCCACCAGUUUCAUCCCAAGCAGGUGGACCUCCUUCUCAAGGUCCUCCGCCCCCACCACCACAGCAGGCUCCUGGACCUUAUCCACCUAACUCACAGCAGUAUCCUACCAGUGGUGCUCAAGGGUAUCAUCAGGCCUACCCACCAAGUCAGUAUCCACCAGGAUCUCAAGGUGGAUAUCCACCCCCAGGACAGUAUCCCGGAGGACAGCCAUAUUCCCAGCCAUACGGAGCUUACCCUCCACCGGGCAGCCACCCUGGAAGUCACCCAGGCAGUCACCCAGGCAGCCAUCCUGGAAGUCACCCAGGUUACGGAGGUCCAAUGCCAAAUGCUCAGCCUGGAUAUCAGCAUCCUUCAGGACCAGGAUAUGGCCAAGGAUAUCCUCCUCCUCCUGGUAGUCAGUAUGCACAGUAUAGACCAUCUCCUGGGCAAGGACCACCCCAAGGACAGUUUCCAGGCUAUGAGCAGAGCCGAUACCCAGCUUAUCAGCCGCCACCGCCUUCAGGGCCCCCAUCAGCUCCACACUGAUAUGUUAGCCAUCUCGGUGCUAAAUGUUAUACCAUAAACAGCACGUACCUGUCAGAUCUAUGUACAAUUUCUCAAGUAGGUGGGUAGGGCUCUUUUUAAGUAGCUAAUUACUCAAGACAAAUUUAUGAUAUGAAGGCAAAGAAUGAAUGAGAUGUUUCUUAGAUUAAUUAAAGACAGUUGAUGUUGGCUUUAGCAUUAGAAGGAUGAACAGAAUAAAUGGAGGUCUCUAAAAUUGACAUUUUCUUCAUGAAAUAAUACAUGUAGUUACUUUUUUAUUUUCUUUAAUGUCAUGGAUCUGAUUAUUUUCUAAACACCACAGUAGUAAGAUGAGUUGAAAAUGUAUCAAAAUUUCUCUUAUCUUUUUUAUUUUGUACGGGAAAAUUUGAACCAAAGUGGAGAGAGUUGUUUUAAGAGAGAAUAAAUAAUUUCACCAAAUCUACUAAGCAUUCACUUUGUUCCUAAUUAAUUCUAUGAAUAAUGACUGGUAUUUUGAUGAUAAUAUCUAAGUAUAAGAAAAAAUUUAAAUGUUUAUUACAUUUAGUUACUAAAAUUUCAAGUACUAAGAUUAUGCUACUUAUUUUUUUUCUAUCAAGGUGAAGAUGCACUCGAGAGUUUGAUGAUAAUUGUCGGUAAUAGUCUGAAUAACAUGUGGAUUUCAGGAAAUUGUGACCAACAGCCUGUCAAUCUGUCAGCAGUCAUCACUAACCCUUGAAGUGGAUCUUCACUUUCAUGAAAAAAAAAAAGAAAUGAAUAUAGUAGUUCACUGUCAUUUGUGCAUUUCUAUUCCUAUUUAACAUUAUUUUUGGCACAUGUAUUCUUUUUUUCUAUAUCAAGUAGAAUUAUUUUUUCUUUUUAUAAUAAACUUUUCAUAUGAUUUGCAUUUUGUAGACAGUAAUUUUAACAAACUUUCUUGGUCUUUUCAUAUUCCCAUGGAAAGCCUGGAGGGAAAGUUCAUUAAAGCUCAAGGAAUAGGAAAGUAGUACUUUAUAAUGAAGAAAAUCUUACAGAUUAGGUUUGCAUUGUAUAUAUUGUUAAACUUUGAUUAGUCACAUAAGAGACUAGAAUUAAUGAUUGGUCUUUGGUUAUGUGGAAGUAUGGGAUGUAGAAAAAAAAGAAAAAGAAAUGGAAUGCCUGAGCUUUAAUAUUCUUUGAUAUUUUGGUGUUAGAAUAAUGAUUAAAAGAAUACUCAUUUGCCAUACAGUAUUUAUUGGCAUUAAUGAUCAUGUCAGUAAAUUAUAUUGGACUAAUUAUACAUAAAAAAAUUGACAAAAUUCAUGUUAAAAGCAUUAAACUGAUAGUAUAAUGUCUGUUGUAUGAUAAGUCAGCAUAAGAACUAUCCUGUUUCACAGUGAAACUUGUCAAAAAUACUUUGGUUACCUACAGCAUUUUCAAAGUUUCUGUAUAGCCUUCUGUUUAGAUGCAAAAGUCGAUAUGAUUAUCAGAUUUUGCUCAUUCUGCAUUGUGUGGCACCACAGAGAUGCAAGUUCCCAUUUUCAGGUUUAUAAAAUUGAAUUUACUUUUCAAAUGUUUCUUAUUCUUGUCUUUUAUAUUCAUGCCUACAUCUAGGUGAAUAUCCAACUGUAUACGAUAAACAACUCGCUAUUGAUAUUGCUUCAAAUUGAUUGUAUGACUGGCAGAAAUGCAGUUGUAUAUGACUGUGUCCAUCUGUUGAAGUAAAAGCAUUGUGGAUUCAUACUUUUACUAAAAGAAUGGCUUUGAAAAUAUUUACGUCAUCAGAACAGCCACUCUUAAUAUUUUUUUGCUGAUGACAUAUAUACCCAUGAGAAUUUGCUGCCUGAAAAGGUGCAGUGGCUGUAAUCCUGUACAUAGGUUUUAAUAUUUUUAUAUCAUUUAGCAAAUUUUUAGAAUGUCGUGCUGUGCAUUCGAUAUUAUGGCUCUUAAAUUAAUCUUUUGGAGGAUGUCAUUGCCUCGAGUAUUAUGGCCUUUCCACAUUCUUUUGUUCUUUUUUCUCUAAGGAAAGUUUGCAUUUGAUUUCCUUUCUGUAGGUUCUUCAGCUUGAUACAAUAUUUACAAGUAAUCAGCAGGACAAACUUUGUAUUAGUCAAGAAUAAUGUAUAUGUGCAGUUUUAUUGCACUAUUUCCUAAGUACAUGUUUGCAAAUGAAGUGACUUGUGGUAAAUAAAGUAUUAAAAUAAAGUUAAAGAAUA